UCAAAUUGGUAAAAAAAUAUAUUAUAAUUAAUUUUUCUUGUCAAAACCUCAUUAAAAUGACUUUUUAUGGUCAAAGAAUCCAGCGCUUGUCGUCAUCUUUGAUUUUUAAUGAGAUACCGGUCACGUGAUCGUGAUGACGUCAGUGGAUACAAGCUGAGAAAAUGUCUCAAUAUGGACGAAGUACAUCGCAUUUUUGCGUAAUUAAACAAUGGACGGUGUUGACAGCAGUUUACAAGGCAAAAUUUCUCAAAGUUUAGAUAUUCGACCGUAUCAGUUUGAGCCGUUACUUGUGGAAAAUAAUCAAGAAGAAGAUAUAAAUUCGUCAUCCGAAGAGUCCUACAUUGACGAUCUUUCAAGCAAUGUCGAUCGCCUUGUAAACACAAACUGGUGUGAUUGUGGAAACUGCAAUUCCAUGACAACAGCAGAUGAAUGUGUAUGCUGUUCAGACAUAUCAGCUGUAAGCUAUUUAAUGCAACCAGAUGACUUAAACUGCAUCACAGAACAUGAGGUCUUUAUUGCCAACUGCUUAAACCGUCAUGUGUUACAAGUCAGCAUGUAUGCAUACAUGGAGCAUGUUGGUCCAUUUGACGACAAUGAACCCAUCAAUGAGUAA